ACAGUCUCGAAAAACUAUUACCACAUAUUGGAAAAAUAAAUCAUCCUUUGCAACAUAUUAAAUCGACCAAUACUGCUUCCUACAAAAAUGAUAAACUAAUAGCAUUUAACAGUAAUGCUAAUAAUGAUAAGUCUAUAUUAUUAUCAUUAGACACACAAUUAAAAACAGAAACUGGUAUACAAAGAUGGAGGCAAGUGAACCGUGCUAUACCAAUAUUUGAACGAACACAUCCUGGCAAGAUAGCUCUGUUUAUGUUUGAUAAUAGCAGCAAUCAUGAUUCUUUUGCUGAAGAUGCUCUUUUAGUCUCUAAUAAUGUAAACCAGCCUAAGGGGAUUAGACGGGUUCUUAAAGAACGGAAUUUAUGGAUAUCAGGCCUUAUAAAACGGUGUAAUAAAUGUAAAAAAAACAAACCUGAUUCAAACAACACAAACUGUUGUGCAUCACGUAUUCUAUCAACUCAACCUGAUUUUGCAGUUCAAAAAUCACGCAUACAAGAGGUAAAACGUUAUGCAAGACUUAAUUGUAAUUAUACUUUUAAGAGCCUCAAAAAAACUGUUCCAAAAGCAUUAGAUUCUGUUAGCUUAAUGAAGAUUCGCCGUUUUGCUCACCAUUCUGCACGCUUUAUGAGUGCCAAUGAACUUGGACUUUCUGGAAAGGCUGCUAUUUUUGCAGUAAAGAAAUAUCGUUCUCAUCGUCGAGUUCCAGAAAAAGUUCUUGAAGAAUUCAUUCAUGACUAA